CGCAGAGCCCGCCUUUUCCUCGGGGCUGUUUGAAUCUAGGGCCGCGGCUUUUGAGGACAGCUCUUGCGCUGUCCAACUUGGCCCUAGCAUCUUGACAGAGCUCCAUUAUGAGACUGAUGUGAACUGGUGUACUCCAUUCUGGCUCUGGUCUGAGUUGUUAAAGUGGUUCCUUGGGCCUCUCAAGAAUCCUUUUGGAUCAAAAGGAGAACGCAAAAGGAUUUGACCAGAUUGGUCAGAUACCCCACCUCCAUGGGCAUUGCUCUAGGUGCCACGAGUUGCCGCUAGAAGGUCAAUAGACCUAAAUAGACCUAGUGGGCUACCCCCGUAGUUCCUGAAGCCUUUGGAGGUACACAUGAAAUUCAACACCAUCAUAUGUGGGAACCGCAAAGGAAUCCCUUAAACUUGUAAUUGUGAAGUGAAUUCUUUGGAGGAAAGUAGUGAAAGCAGAGGACCAAGUGGUUGAGCGAGCCAAGGCCAAUGCCUCUCUUUGGGAGGCCAGAUUGGAAGUCACAGAACUCUCUAGGAUUGAGUAUCGUGAUACUUCCCGAAGACUGGCAAAAAAUAAUGAAGACUUAAAGAAACAGCAGUAUAAAUUGGAAAAAGACACUAUGUCUGUAUUAAGCUACUUGAAGAAGCAGGAUCAGGAGAAAGAUAAUAUGAUAGAAAAACUGAAACAGCAAUUGGUUGAAACAAAGGAAAAAGCCAAAGAAGAGAAGGAAAAAUUGGAACAAAAGUAUACUAUGCAAAUAAAUGAGUUGGAGGGACAGUUUCAUCAAAAAGCCAAAGAAAUUGGCAUGAUUCAGACAGAGCUAAAGACAAUAAAACAAUUCCAGAAGAGAAAAAUCCAAGUGGAAAAAGAAUUAGAUGAGCUGAAAGAAAAUUUAAGAAACUCAGAGAAAAAACAUCAGGAGACUCUUAGAAGACUAGAAAGCAGAUUUUUUGAAGAAAAGCACCGUCUGCAACAAGAGGCUGAGAAGAGGAUAGUAAUGCUGGCCGAGAGAGCCCACCAUGAAGCUGUGGUGCAGUUGAACAGUGCUGGGAGAAAUGUUUUCAAAGAGAACGUGUAUCUUCACAAGGCGCUUACUUACCACUUGAAGGAAGCUGAAGUGCGACAGAAAAACUCCAAGAAGUUACAAGAAAGUCAUUCCUGCCUUUUACAUCAAAAGGAAAUCAACGAGCUAUUGGUUAAGGAAAAGAUUAUGCAACUUACCCAGCAGAAAUCACAAAUCCAAACUCUUCAGAAGAAGGUAGUAAGCUUGGAGAACGCUCUGACCUAUAUGACCACGGAGUUUGAGGCUGAAGUUUUGAAACUGCAGCAAAAGGCAAUUAUAGAGAACCAAGCAGGUCAGGUAGAAAUUGACAAGCUGCAGCAGCUUCUUGAGAUGAAGGACAGGGAAAUGAAUCGCGUGAAGAAGCUGGCUAAGAACAUCCUGGACGAGAGGACAGAAGUGGAACAGUUCUUUCUCGAUGCUCUCUACCAAGUGAAGGAGCAGAUUCUCGCCAGCAGGAAGCAGUACAAGCAGAUAGCACAAGCUGCUUUCAAUUUAAAAAUGAGAACAGCAUGUGCGGGAAGAACGGAAUAUCCCAGAAUCAGGACCUUUGAUGGCAAAGAGCACAGUACCAAUAGUGUGAAUCAGGAUCUCAUGGAGGCUGAAAAAUGGCCAAGUACUCAAAAAAAUGUGGAUAUUAGAGAUUUGACCUGGGAGCAAAAGGAGAAAGUCUUAAGAUUGCUCUUCGCAAAAAUGAAUGGUUUUGCUUCGAGGAAAUACAACCAGAGCUCUAAGCCUCCUGUUCCAGACCAUAUUAUUCCCGACAGUGGAGAAAUGAAAGAAACUGGGGAUGAAAUUAACCUUCCAGAUCAAACCUUCAUCACCCAGCAAGUUCCAGUAUCAGAUUCCAAUGGAUUACAGGACUCUGACAGAGUAAGGAAUCUGCUAUCUAAUCAGAGAAUACACCACUGUUACCGUUCACUAUAUGAUGUCUUGCUAGUUCACAGUUCUCUACUACCCAAGCAGCUCUUAAGGAAGAGACCAUAGAAAAUUUUAUAACAAUGUUCAUAUUAAUAAGGCAUAUUAUAUAUACCUGAAGAAUCUAUAGAUUUCUUUCUGAAAUUGGUGGCUUAGUCAAAAUGUAUAUUGUGUUACUGUUUUCAGUGCUGGUGAAUGAACCUUUGCGCCUCCCUGUGGAGCUAACACUCAGCCCUCCUGUUUUUAUAGGAGCACAGAUAGAAUAUCCUUGCAGUUCUUGGCUUUGAACAUAUAUCAGACACAGAAAUCACUGUAACCUGGAGAACAAAGGAAGAAAAAGGCCAUUUUUCCAAGGGCUUUUUUUUCCUUAAGGACUUUUUAUUUGUACUUGGUUAUUCAUAAUCAGAACAUAAUCUGACAAAACUCAAAUGAGAUCAUAAAAGAAUAAAAAGGAAAAUGCUGGUUCUCUGUUUUAGUGAUACUAACCUGAAUAGAACUGUAGAUUUCAUCUAAGAAACAAAUUCUUUGAGCAUAAGUAGCUGCCUAAAUCAGUUGAUUCUAAUUAGAGUAACACAGUUUUGAUUAGUUGGUAGUUUUUAAAAGUACCUUCCUUUAUAUUUAACAAAAAUAUUAGGAUUUAUUGUGAUUAAAUUUUGUUUGGAAUUUAGAUAAUAACCACUUUUCAACCCAGCCCAAAGUUGUUGGAUUGAAUUAGGUAUGAACUGUGUUUUUUAAGAAAACACAGGGCAUUAUAAUCACAAACUACAAAUUUCUACUUGACUUUAGGAUGGAAAACAAAAAAUCAGAGUUGUGUUUAGUUAAAGUGAUUGAAGGCUCUGAAUUCUACCAGAUGAGGAUACACUAAUAAUCUUAUGCCCACAGAGUAGGAAUUUUCAAGGUUUUUCACCACCUUUAUUUUAACUCACCAAAUAACCCGAUGGACCAGAGCAGCACUGUCCACGUGACUGUACAGAACAGAGUAAAAUAAAUGACUGGUACCACAGCUCACUCAGCACUGAGGAUUAACCUAGCAGAGCCAGCAGGCAUCUAGUUGAGAAAGCUGGGCUUCAGACAGGUCAGACAGCCAGAAACUACUCUAUUCAGCACAGAAGCCCCUUCUGACUUAAGGCUUAGAUUAUCAGAGAAGCAAGUUGAAAGACAGUUGAAGAAGUGAUGGCCAAAUACUGUCAAAGUAUAGAAAGUCGUAAGUUUCUUGUAGCCCAAUCAAUUAUUCUAUAUGAAUAGAUCUUUCAUUAAAAAGUAUCAACUAAUGAGAAAUGCUGGCAAAAGAAAGAAUAACAAAUUUUGGCAAAUAAAAAAUAGGUUAGGUUUUUUUUUUAAAAUAUUUAUUUAUUUAUUUAUUAUGUAUACAAUAUUCUGUCUGUGUGUAUGC